GGUGGCAGGGUGAUGCAGCUUGCAACUUCCACCGUAGUCCAUGUGACGGCUGUUUCCGUUAGUUCCUUCCGCAAGUUCUAAAUUAAUCUGAUGUUAAGAGAGAGCAAACAGCUAAUCUUCUUUAACUGAUUGAUUUCAGAUAUACUGAAAGACCCAAAGACAGGUGCUGAUGCAGAAUGACUUUCCUAAAGCUGAGCACAUUACUCCAUGCGGAGGUGGGCUGUUGAGAUGGCAAUGAUAGUUCUGAGCAUCUCCUUGUGUGUAGCUUUUGUAGAUACAGGAUGGGAAAUCAAACCUCCAGCCUAUCAUCAACUCUGCAAACUGGAAGAGAGAACUGUGAAUUGCAAUGGGAAGAGUCUAACCUCCAUCUUAGAAGAUUUGCCUGCUGGAACAGAGAAACUCUUCCUUGAUACUAAUCAUAUAGAAAUGCUAAAGAAUGAAUCUUUAGUACAGUAUCAAGACCUGCAAACUCUCAGCCUGUGUGACAAUGGGUUGGAGAUCAUUCAAGCAGGGGCCUUCCUUGGGACUUGGAGUCUUAGACAUCUAUCUUUGGCCAACAAUGUCCUUGCCACGAACUAUUCUGUGACAGCAGCUGCUCUAAGGACUUUGCCUGCUCUCAGGAAGCUGGACCUCUCUGGAAACCUGCUCACUGAGGAUAUGAUGGAUACUAUGAUCCAGCAUUUGUCAUCACUAGAAUCCUUGUCUCUAGCGAGGAAUGCCAUCAUGAGACUGGAUGACAGACAUUUCAAGAACCUGCCUAACUUGUGGCAUCUGGAUUUACAGCAGAACUACAUUUUUGAGAUUGAGGCGGGUGCAUUUGAAGGGCUGAGAGGGCUGCAACAGCUUAAUCUGGCCUAUAACUAUAUCCCGUGCAUUGUGGGGUUUGACUUGACCCAACUCCAGAUUUUAAAUGUCAGCAACAAUCACCUUGAGUGGUUCUUUGCUGCUGAGGAUGAUGCUGCCUUUGCACUAGAAACACUAGAUCUUUCCUACAACCAACUCCUAUUCUUCCCAUUCUUACCUAAGCGAAAUAAGCUGAAAACAUUGCUGCUAACACACAAUAAAAUGAACUUCUAUGAAAAUCUUUAUAAUCAUUCUGAGAGCUCAGUCCAACUGCUGUUUCUGGAUGGCAAUGUCACCAACAUCACCACGCAUGAACUUUGGGAAGAAAACAGUCAUAGUAACCUCUCUUCUCUGACUUUUCUGGACAUUAGCUGGAACCAGUUCUGGUAUAUUCCAGACUGGUUUUUUGAAGGGAUGGUUUUGCUUGCACACAUGAACCUCAGCCACAACUGCUUAAAGACACUGAACCUGUGGGAGAAGGAAGGGCUGAAGAAUCUUAUUGACUUGGAUCUUAGCUAUAACCAGCUUUCAGAUCUACAGAUGAACUUGGAUCCAAGAGGUAACUUAAACUACCUUAGGAGCCUUAAUCUACGCAGCAAUAGGUUGCAUGGAUUGCCUGCUAAAAUCUUUACUCACACAACGAAGAUCACUACAGUUGACCUCAGUAAUAACCCAAUAGAGAUUUGUAACUCACAUGAUGCUGGAAAUCCCAGUUGUGUAAAUAUUAGUAAUGCAGGCUCUUUGAGAAAUCUUUUCUUGGCUGGGUGUGAGUUGAAGGAAUUGGUCAGGCAUGCCUUCAAGGGGACCUCCCUAGUACAGUUAGAUCUAUCAAGCAAUCCCAAGGUGCUCUACAAUGGCUUAGGACCUCUGGAAGACAUUGCAACAUCCCUGCAGAUACUCUCUCUCCGGAACACUGGCCUCUUUGCACCAAGUGCAAAGAUAGAUUUUUCUGCUUUUCAGAAUUUGGUAAACUUGGAUCUAUCUGAAAAUUCUCUUGACAUAUUUCCUGAAUCUUUAUCAGGUUUAAAACUGCACACUCUGAACCUUAGGCAAAAUCGUCUCCGUUUCCUACCUCUUCAUGUCAUGGAAAAGCAACUUGGGAAGAGUUUGCGUGUGAUCUACCUCAGCCAGAAUCUCUAUGACUGCUGCAAACUGGGGUGGAGGGAUUCUCUCCACAGACUUGGACAUGUACACAUUGCAGACAUGAGUCAAGUCACUUGUAACUACUCUUCCAGGUUCUUUAAUGCAGCGAAUCUACCUGAAUCUGUCAUCCAAAACUGCAAGUGGCUAACGGCAGAUAUGGCUUUGGUGUAUCUGGUGCUCACUCUGCCUACCUUUUUGGCUCUACUGGUUGCCUUUGGCAUAAUCUUUCUCACUUUCAGAGAAAGACUUUUUAAAAUGGUAAAACGCAGGUAUAGAACAUCUAGUUCAUAUUGAGGUGACGAGAAGAAAUAAGAGAUUAAGCCUCAUGAACAGGCUUAACAGGAUGGGGAAAUUACAAUACUGUAAUAUGGUUCCAACAUGUGACAAUAAUGUGGCAAUAAGAAGCUGUCCAACUGGCAUAGAGAAUUGUCCUAAUGUAAUUGGAAAAUAUGAUGGUUAAUAAAAGUUAUGAGUGGAAGGA